AUCUGAGCCAAUAUCACCUGUUGACUUUCAAGCGUAUCCCUUUACAGGGAGUGGUUAUUUUACCUGUACAGGUAAACUAGGACAGCCCAGCUGAAUAGACCCGCCAUAUUGUAUCUUACGUAGACAGGUAUUUCACAUGACUCACCUGUUGGUGUUUGGAUGCAGUGCUAUAAGGUGUGUUUACAUUGAACCAAAGACUUUUCUAUAAUUUCCAGAGAAGAUGUUAUCCACAAAAGUACAUAUAUGAGGAUAAUACAACAAUCUGAAGAUGGAGUAAUGACAAGAUAAAACAGGAAUCAAAGAAAUAAAGAAAAAGGCUCUACAAACUACUUUCAAAGGAAAAUGUUAGCUCUAAAGAAUUCCGUGGUGUUAGUUGUACUGGUGGUAAGCAUGGCAACGGUGGAGGCUGCCUGUCCUAUCAACCUUUGUACCUGUUUUCCAAGCAAGGACAACCCAUCACUGCAGGUCAUCGAUUGUCGAAACAAAGGUUUCACACAGAUACCAGACAUAGUAGUAUCAACCGUCCCAGAAGCUUAUUAUGAACUUACCCUGACUGGCAACAUGAUUACCAACAUUCCAAACGGAGCAUUUUCAAACAUCACUGUCAAUGUGUUGGAUUUAUCAAACAACAAACUUGCACAAAUUUCUGAAAAUGCAUUUCAAGGCUUAGAGUCUUCCCUAACAAUACUUAAGCUUGGAGGAGACCAAACUUCGAGUAAUCCGCCGACACUUUCCUACACAUUUCUCAGCAGUUUGGUUGAACUUCUGGAACUUGAACUGAGGUACUUUCGUCUGACAACUAUUGAUCAAAAUACGUUUCCAGUGUUAACGAAGCUAAAUGAUUUGAGUCUUAAAACUAUGAAAAUAGAAAACAUUUUAUCUAAUGGAUUUCAAAACAAAUUUCCAGCGUUGAAAAGAUUAGAACUUGUAGGUAAUGUGGAGAUGGGAAAUAUUCCAGUGUCUGCUUUGAGGUUCCUUACAACACUGAAUCAUUUAGUUCUCCAACAGAACAACAUAUCACUUGUGGCGUUUGCUUCAUUUGAGACUCUCACAAAUCUGAUAGACCUCGACUUGUCUCACAAUGAAAUCACGAUACUGGCAGAUGACUGUUUCAGAGGUCUGUAUUCCUCCUUAGAGUUUCUCAGUUUGUUCCUAAACAGACUUGACCAGAGCCGUCUCCAAUCCAUCUACACAAAGAGCUGGACAAACCUGGAACAGCUGAACAUUGCACACAACAUUGUGACGGAUAUACCCGCUGGAUUCUUUACAAACAUGCCAAAUUUAGCCUACUUAAAUUUGAACUUUAACAAGCUCACGACAAUCAAAACAACAUAUUUCACAGCCUUACCAAGAAUUCAUACCAUUGACAUUGCUUACAAUCCUAUUACAACUAUAGAAGAUGGGUCUUUCUCUCAGGUUUCCACACUGGAACAGCUGGAAAUUGAAAACUUGAAUACCGCUAACAAUCCAUCACAUCGCCUUAACCUUACCACUGCUUCAAUUAGUGGCCUGGAAAACUCACUUCAAAAACUGAACCUUUUAAAUACCAAGGUGGUUCAGGACGAAGCUUGGAAGGCCAUCAAAACACUAAAGCAAUUGAAUCGACUAAUUAUGAAAAACUCUGGCCUAUCAGUAAUUCCAGAUUUAGUCUUCAGCGAUCACGUACAUCUUGCUUAUCUCGACCUGAGUAAUAACCAAAUAAGUGCAGUACGACAAGAAACAUUUCACGGACUAAACCAUGUACUGGGUACUCUGGACCUUCAACGUAAUAUGAUAACUUCUAUAGACGAGUGUGUGUUGAAGGACUUCAAUGUCUUACUGCUUCUGUACCUCAAUGAUAACCCUACCCACUGUAACUGUACCAUGAAGUGGUUGAAGGACUUGAAUACCAAUCCUCCACCUAAUUCCUACAUAAAUGAUGUAUUCUGUGCCACUCCAGCAAACCUGGCAAACAGGAACCUGUUUGAUCUAACUGAACAGGACUUGGGAUGUGCUGGGUACGUUGCCCCAAUAUGUCCCGACUUAUCAUUGACAACAACACCAGCACCGCCACCGACAACCACACCAGUGCCCACCUUGCCCCUCCCUGUCCUGACCUCAACCAUCACAGAGAAUACAGAGAACAGCAUCACCAUAUCAUGGAACAGUAAUGACCUGCGUCUGGUCUCUGGGUUCAAAGUCAGCCACACCAAUGCCGGUGUUACCCAGGAGAGUCCAUCUCUCAACAAGGGAGAGGUAUUGUACAUGAUACCAUCACUGACGCCUGAAACUCCAUACAGGGUGUGUGUCCAUGCCAUCCUCACAGACAACACUCGAGCCCCGGUUGAGAGUUGUCAUGACACCACUACACUAGAGGCAGUACCCCAACUUACCGCUGGUGUGGCCAGUACAACAACUACUACAGUCAAACUGACCUGGAUCAUCAGCAGUUCGCCUCUUAUCACUGGCUUUUCCUUAAGUUACUACAAGUUUGGUACCUCAGACAGUCAGGUCCACAUACCACUGGACUCGUCCCUGAGAGAGAUUACCAUUGAAGGCCUGGAACCCGACAACAAAUAUGAAGUGUGUCUGAAAGUCCUUCUAACUGUGUCAAGGAUUGUGAUUCAAUGUCACAAUGCCAACACAAAAAUGGAUCAGGUUGUUAACCCCCCAGGUGAGGCAGCUAACACUGGCCCCAAUGGUGGGGUCAUCGCUGGCGCUGUGGUAGGCUGUAUUGUUGCUGUGGUGAUUAUUGUUGCCAUUCUGUACAUCCUAUUUAUCAGGAAGGGAAGUCCAAAGCAGCCACUGCCAACUGUACAACAAACAUCCUUCAGCACUGGUGCCUUCCCAACAACAGAUCACGCAAGACGUUUUGUGAAAAGCAAACCCACACAAAAUGGAGGUGGGAAGGACAUCCAAGUAAUCUCAAGUGGUAAAAUGGAUCCUGAUGAUUCUAGUCGUAUAUCAGGAGGAAGUUAUCAGUUCCUCAACGAAGGACAAGUAACACUACAGCCUAUCCCAUUCAACAAAAUGUCUGGUGCUAACGGAUCAAGUCAAGAUUACGUACCACCAGGAAAAAAUAAAUAUGCCAAUGUUGGCUACAACAGUUCUCCCAAACCCUCCUUCGAGAAGCAAACACAGCUACAUAAACACGUCACAGCCCCCAAAGGGGAGCAGCAGUGCAUACACUAAUGAUAUUGACAAACGCCCAUUACCUACAGAACCGCAUAGGGAUGAAUUUGGAUUUACAAAUAAAGGUUUCAAGUCAGAAAAGCCUGCAACAUCUCCAACAUCCCCAAAUGUUUAUCAUGAAAUUCCUAUCUGAAAGAGGAUGCAUUAAGUGUUUAGAAGAGCUUUAAUCCAUGAGCUGUGGCAAUCAGGCCCUUCCUUGAGGCCAUGUAUGGUGACUGCAUGAAUACCUUCACCAGACAAACAGUAACCAAGUUGUUAUACUCGCCCCGUACUUGGAGAAGUUGUAGCAAGAUUCCAGUAUAUAUAAUAUAUAUACAUAAUAGCUAGAAAAUCAUUAUCUACAAAUAUGUACAAGGAUUUAUGUGAACCACAACACUUUCAGAGGAUUAUCUCAAAUGUGUGUAUUCUAUCAUGGAAGUCCUUAUAUGGAUAUAUAUCUUAAUGGAAUAUUGUGAAUAACACUGAGGACCAUUAUAAAUGGUUCUGACCUUCUUAUGUAAGUGAUGGUGUAAUAUUUCUCAUCCAGAAACCAAUGGACUAGUGAUGACGUGAUAAUGUGAUGUGUCCUCGUGGCACAGGAUUACAUGUAUCUUUACUAUUGUUACUUAGACAUUGAAGUAUCCUGUAACUUAAUCUUCACUCAUCGUAUACCUAGAGGUCUUCAUGGGAAAAUGUAAAGCUUGCAUUUACAUGGACCCUAUUUGUAAUGGUUUACUGUUAUAGUAAACAGUGAUGUGGACCCUAUCUGGGACCUUACAGUAUGGGAAAGAGUGAUGUGGACCCUAUCUGGGACCUUACAGUAUGGGAAAGAGUGCUAGUGAUUUGGACCCUAUCUGGGACCUUGAAGUAUGGGAAAGGGUGAUGUGAACUCUAUCUGGGACCUUACAGUAUGGGAAAGGGUGAUGUGAACUCUAUCUGGGACCUUAUGGGAAAGAGUGAUGUGAACUCUAUCUGGGACCUUAUGGGAAAGAGUGAUGUGGACUCUAUCUGUACACUGUCCUGAACAAUAUACUGAACUGACGUAUCUGAUGUAUAGAGGGUCAAACACAUAUAGUUCUCAAGGAUAUCAUCAUGAUAUCCCAACAACUGUGAUAGUUUGUACAGUGGGCUGCACCAAAAAUAUAAUGUAACAGAAAAGGAUUCUGUUGAUUAAUAAAUCAUUAAUGUUUGAUAUGAAUUAUAAACUCUAUGAAACUAAAGAAGAAAAGACAACGUAAAAUUGAUAAAAAAAUGUACUUUUUAACAAACAAUGUGUAAUUUCUAUUGGAAAAUAUAAAGUGAAAAAUACAUAUUAAUUUGAAAUUAAGGAAGAAAAAAUAUAAAAUUCUUUGAAUUUUAUUUUGACAAUAUGUAGUAGGCGUAAUUAUCACAUGUGCUAUAUAAAUAAAGACAUGAGUGACGUAGCAUAUUUCUUACAAUGUCAUGUAUAUACGUAGGGCACAUCUAUAAACCAGUGCAUCCUGAUCUCAGAGAGGUUUUAAUGAUCGUGUAAAUAUCCAUAUACAUAGUGCUAUUACAAAGAUCCUGAUCCAUUACAUAGCUUUAUUUCUACAAGGUGACAUUAUUAUAUAUGUAAAUAUAUAUUCAGACAUAUUUAAAUUGCAAUUGUUAUUUAGUAUGUAAAUAGUUGACACGAUUAUACAACAUUUGAACUCAAGAAAGUUUCUAUCUUUUUUUAAUCACGUUUCUGAAUAAAACCGAUAUACCUACAUAUCUGGUAUAUUUAUGAUGUUAACAUUUUAAAAUCAAAAUAUAAGUUAAUUCCAAGGUGUCACUACAAUGAAUUUCUUAUGUAUGAAAGUAUUAACUACUGUAACAGUGAAAAAACAUGUUCAUUAUGGUAUAACACUAUUCCUCUUGAAAGAUAUUAAACAGUACUUUAUGGUUGUUAUCAAAUAUGUAUUAAAUGUCAUAAUGAAAAGCCUAAUAUAUAAUUAGAAAAUGUGCCUUUCAAUCUACCAGUCCAUCCAAGUGUUAAUAUUUUUCUAUCAAAAUGUUUAUAUGUUGGAUUCUGAAAAACAGUGAUGUCUCUUAUGCACUAAAUUCAUAAAAACCACAAAUUAACAUACAUGUAUACCAUAUCUUCAAAUGAAACAAGCAACGAAAUCGAAAAUACUUUCAAACAAUUAAAAUGAACCAAUGAAAUGACAGAUUAUAUUUUUUCAUCUGUUCUGUGCAGUCAAGUUUUAUUGUGAUAUUAUGUACUGAUAUUGAAUUAAAUUAAAUUUUAAUACAUAUGUGUUUCCCCAGAAAAUGUUGUUAUUAGAUUUGCCAGCUUGUUAAAACUGCUGUUAUCAUGUUGUGCUUUAGAUACGUGUUUGAAGAUGAACUAUGUAAACAUCAACCUCCCUAAAGUCUCUAUCAGGUACACAACCAACAUAAUAAAUCUCACCUGUUAUAUAUACAUGUAUAUAUAUAUAGCUAGUUAUAUAUGCGAGUGAAUUACAGAGCGCCACAAUCAUACCUCCAGGUAAACAGUAAAAUACUACAUUUAUCCUGUAAUAAGCCCAGGGACCAACAUAUCACGUUGAUUCAAAGUAGGUGACUAAUUAAUUAUAGUAGAACAGUGAAAUACAAGGUUUUACUGAACUGUAAAAAUCAUGGACAGGCUAGCUCUUGUACUGUAUUAUCAUGUCAAUUAAACAUGAUGUGGCAAUCAUUUUUCACUCCUUAUGCCUGAAAACUCUUGGGGAAAAAUAGAAUAAAGUGUUUUUAAUAAAGUUGAAAAUGAACUUAAAGAUUUUAAUAGUGUAUCAUUUAGUUUUUUUAUAAGGUAUACUGUAAAGUCCUCGAUAUCAAUCAGUCAAGGUGACAAAAUUAUGGGUGAUCAAGGUAAAGAUGUAUGUGACAAUAAGAUGACUGACAAGACCAUAUCAAUGUUAAUUACACUCGGGUAAAAAUCUUCUGGUCAGGGUUUUAUCUUAACAUUAGUACUUUACAUGAUAUUUACAGUCUUUGUAAUUAAUAAGUGAAAUGCUGAAAGUUGUAGGGACCAGACAGCUGACCAGUGGGCAGUGUCCUAUUAUGGCCUGGGGUGGCCACAGCCAGCAGGUUUAUAUACCAUCUGUGUCUCAAUCACUGCUAUAUAUAUGUAGUUAAUGUGUGGACCACCAUGUAGGUAUAAGUGUCAGACUGAAGGUAGAGCAGGUGAUUUCUCAAUAUUUACUCGGGAAUUACCCACAAGAUGAUUCAAUUAGGUGUGAUAACUACUAAAAUAAACAUUCAAAGACUGGGAACCCUAGCUAGGAUAAAUACACAAACUUAUAUAACAAUGACGUUAUGUAAAACAAACUCUCAGUAAGGUAGAAUUUAUACUGUAAAGAGACAAGAUUGCACUAUACAAUUGUUGGUCAUGAAUCAAUUAGUUCACAACUCAUGUUGCUUCAGGCUAUGGACAUACGAAAGUGUUAACAGAAGAGAAAUAAACACUUAGAGGCCCCGAUGUAUGCAUUUACAAACACGUUAUAUAACCAACUUACCUGUCUUACCUAUACUUCUUCCCUACAUACAUUAAAAGUGUUUUAUAUGAUAAUGUAUGCAUGUUUAUAUAUAUAUAUGCAUGACUUAAAAGUGGGUCAAUUAUAUGAUGAAUUGUAUGUCCAGUUUAGAAAAUAGUUGUGAUACUCAGUAUAGUGUGAUGUCAUCCGUAAACAAGUUAUUGUAAUUGUUUUCCUGUACACAAAGGGAGAUAUUUUAUGUUUUAUUACUCACACUGAAGUACAGCAUUUGUGACUAAAGGUGACAGCAUAUAAAAUUAUACAUUGUUGAGUAAACAUUAGUAGGAUUAGGAUUCACCACCUCCAGAGUAGACCCCUACACAAAUACAAGCCUAACACACACCCAACCCACACCUUACCCCUACACAAAUACACAUUAGAAUUCACUUAUUCUGUCAAUAUCAGCUACAUGACAUCAAACUCGUGUACCAUAUGUAUCCUGCAAUAAGUCCAGAGGGCGAAUAACACUCUCGCAAAGAAAGGUGGUGGGCUUAUUGCUGUACAAUGAAAUGAUGCCCCCUAGCAUUUCUACUCUACUCUAAUGGGUGGGUAUAUUACUAGACAUGGGCUUAUUGCUGGAUAGAUACGGUACAGUACAGAUUGUAAUUAACAUAUUUAUAUAUAUAUCUAUGAUAUUCACUCUGUGUCUCUGUUGACUUAAUCUAUAUAAAACAUGUAUAAACACUGUACGUUACACUUAAACAUUCCUUAAUCUAUAUAAAACAUGUAUAAACACUGUACGUUACACUUAAACAUUCCUUAAUCUAUAUAAAACAUGUAUAAACACUGUACGUUACACUUAAACAUUCCUUAACGAAUGAGAACGGAGAGUUAAUUUACCUAAAUUGAUAUUUUAAUUGAUCUGUAUUGAAAACUGUAUGUUGUACUACUUUAACCAGAUAUGUUAUAUAAAUUAACCAGGUUUAGAUAUGUAAUCUAACUAUGUCAAUCAUAAUUAACUCAAUGAUAAUACAGCUAUGUCACUGUGGUGAUCGUGAUUACAUAUCCUGUUCACCUUUGAUUCAGUGUAGCUUUCUCAUUAUGUAUACCUGGUAUACUCAUUAUUUACGUGAGAGCAUGUACUUAUUAGUAAACAUAUCAAAGUAGCAUGUAUCAUAUACAAAGAUUUUUUGAUACAUUAAUUCUCAUUGCUCUAUUUGUUUUUAAGAUAUUGAUCAAAUUGUCAAGUUAAUUGUUAUAUUUCUGAAUUAAUGAGAAAAAGCAUCAUAUCAGCCUGUAACAGUUCUGUAUUCAAGAAUAUCGCAAAGAAUUGAAGAUGAUCAACAUUUCAGUUUUGAUACGUCAGAGAUAUUGUUUCUUGUUUUACUAACCCUGAAAGGCUAUACUGUUACAUACUAGUUAUUUUACAGAUUUACGGUAAAUUUGUAUCUUAUUUCUCGUUUUACUAACCCUGAAAGGCUAUACUGUUACAUAGUAGUUAUUUUACAGAUUUACGAUAAAUUUGUAUCUUAUUUCUAGUUUUACUAACCCUGAAAGGCUAUACUGUUACAUAGUAGUUAUUUUACAGAUUUACGGUAAAUUUGUAUCUUAUUUCUCGUUUUACUAACCCUGAAAGGCUAUACUGUUACAUAGUAGUUAUUUUACAGAUUUACAGUAAAUUUGUAUCUUAUUUCUCGUUUUACUAACCCUGAAAGGCUAUACUGUUACAUAGUAGUUAUUUUACAGAUUUACGAUAAAUUUGUAUCUUAUUUCUAGUUUUACUAACCCUGAAAGGCUAUACUGUUACAUAGUAGUUAUUUUACAGAUUUACGGUAAAUUUGUAUCUUAUUUCUCGUAUUACUAACCCUGAAAGGCUAUACUGUUACAUAGUAGUUAUUUUACAGAUUUACGGUAAAUUUGUAACUUUCCAGGAAUACCUCUUCCCCCAAUGAUCAGAGAACAUUAUCUGAUUUAUAUUAGCUUAUUUAUAAUGUGUUUGCAACUUUUAUCUAAAUCUGAAUAGGUAGUAAUCAACAUCUUGACAUUCUUUAUUCAGUUAGAUAUCUUCAGACUUUGAAGUAUAAAGUUAAACAUUGAACUUUAUACAGCAAUGACAUGUAUACAUAGAAGCUUAUAUCACAAUGACAAAUGGCUUCUUCCUAACCUCAGAACGAUAUUGACAAAGGGUAACAGAUAUUCUACAUUGCAUUUUAUUUGUCUCUAGAUUCAAUAGUAUUAUGAUAUUGAAAACUGAUUUUCAUUGUAGAGGUGUAUACACACUGUAUAAACUGGUAUAUACCAAAACUGAAUUUUUAUAAUUGUUCACAUCCACAGGCAUAUACUAUCUAUAUAGAAAUACCAGAUAAUCAUUUUCUGGUUUCUCAAUUCAAUAUCAAGGGCAACAACAAGCAAGGGAGGUAACUCUGCUUGUGUUGCCCUUAGAUGCCACAAUGUAAGAGCUAUUGUAUUAUCAAAGAUAUAUAUAUAUAUAUAUGUAUAUAGAAAUGUUCUAUCGUUUCCCAAAUGUACAAUAUAGUCUAAGCAGUCUGAUUAGGGUUAACAGGUAUUUACUGAAGGGAAGUUUUCCAUUAGAUCACUAACAUGAUUGUCGUCCUUUAAUUUGCUACCACACACAAUUUAAUGUUUGUAUAGGUAUUGUAUUAUUACUUGACAAUUUUAUCUGAGUUACAUGUUAUUGAAAUAUAAACAAACAUAUUGUGAUCAUUUUUAUAUUCAAAUUCUAUGAAUUUUCAAGUACAUGAUGAAUAAACAGUUUAAAAGAAAA